CACUGCGGUAAUAUGGCUCUUCCUUAGCCAGCGGCGGCGGCGGUGGUGGCAAGUGGUGGGAUAGAGCGGUCCUGCUUUUCGGGUGGCGGGUUUCUAGGCUGUAGGAGCUCGGCCGAUCGUGGCUAGGAGGUGGUGGCGGAUGCCGGAGGAGCGCCGGCUCCGCCGCUUGGCGGCCCCUGGGUCAAGAUGAGCGGCUCAGCGUCGGUCGGGGGCCCGGUCCCCCCACCACCCCUGGGCCCGGCCGCCGCGCUGCCUCCCGGUUCUGCCGCGCGGGCUUUGCAUGUGGAGCUGCCGUCCCAGCAGCGGCGUCUUCGACAUCUUCGGAACGUUGCUGCCCGGAACAUUGUUAAUAGAGAUGGCCAUCAGCUCUUUGAUACCUACUUCACACUUCACUUGUGUAAUACAGAAAAGACCUAUAAAGAAUUUUAUAGAAGUGAAGUGAUUAAGAAUUCCUUGAAUCCAACGUGGCGGAGUCUCGAUUUUGGAAUAAUGCCAGACCGUCUUGAUACGUCUGUGUCUUGUUUCGUGGUGAGGAUAUGGGGUGGAAAGGAGGACGUCUACCAGCUGUUGAUUGAAUGGAAAGUCUGUUUGGAUGGGCUGAAAUACUUGGGUCAGCAGAUUCAUGCCCGCAACCAAAAUGAAAUAAUUUUUGGGCUGAAUGAUGGCUACUAUGGUGCUCCAUUUGAACAUAAGGGUUAUUCAAAUGUUCAGAAGAAUAUUCUUCAGGUGGAUCACAACUGCGUUCGCAAUUCAUAUGAUGUCUUCUCUUUGCUACGGCUUCAUAGAGCCCAAUGUGCAAUUAAACAGACUCAGGUAACUGUUCAGAAAAUUGGGAAGGAAAUUGAAGAAAAGCUAAGACUCACAUCUACAAGCAAUGAGCUGAAAAAAGAAAGUGAAUGUCUGCAAUUAAAAAUUUUGGUGCUUCGAAAUGAACUGGAAAGACAGAAGAAAGCUUUGGGACAGGAGGUGGCAUUACUGCAUAAGCAGCAAAUUGCAUUACAGGACAAAGGAAGUGUGUUUUCAACUGAACACCUCAAGCUUCAACUCCAAAAGGAAUCCCUAAAUGAGUUAAGGAAAGAGUGUACUGCACAAAGAGAACUUUUUUUGAAGACUAAUGCUCAGAUGACAAUUCGAUGCAAGCAAUUACUAUCUGAGCUUUCCUACAUUUACCCUAUUGAUUUGAAUGAACAUAAAGAUUACUUUGUAUGUGGUGUCAAGUUGCCCAAUUCUGAGGACUUCCAAGCAAAAGAUGAUGGAAGCAUUGCUGUUGCCCUUGGUUACACUGCACAUUUGGUCUCCAUGAUUUCCUUUUUCCUACAAGUACCCCUCAGAUAUCCUAUAAUUCAUAAAGGAUCUAGAUCAACAAUCAAAGAUAAUAUUAAUGACAAGCUGACUGAAAAGGAGAGAGAGUUUCCACUAUAUCCAAAAGGAGGAGAGAAGUUGCAAUUUGAUUACGGUGUCUAUCUUCUGAACAAAAAUAUAGCACAGGUAAGAUAUCAACAUAGGAUUGGCACCCCCACAGUACAACAAACUGACAGACCUGCCCUGCAAAAUCAGUUAGAGAGGGACACGGUCAGCAAGUGCGACAGACAUCACACCUCCAGCGCAAUUCCUGUUCCAAAGAGACAAAGCUCCAUAUUUGGAGGUGCAGAUAUGGGCUUUCCUGGGGGGAUACCUUCACCAGACAAAGGACCCCGAAAACGGGCCAGCUCAGAGAAUGAAAGACUCCAGUACAAAACUCCUCCUCCCAGUUACAACUCAGCAUUAGCCCAGCCUGUGACCGCCAUCCCUUCCAUGGUAGCGUCCGAGAGAAAGACAACAUCUCUGUCCUCCUCCUUGGAUACUUCCUUGGACUUCUCCAAAGAAAACAAGAAAAAAGGAGUAGAUUUGGAUAACAGCUUAAAUGCAGGCCAUGUAAGUGUGAAUACCAGCCAGGAACCAACAGAAGAAGCCCCUUCUGGGCAUCCUGCCACAGUAAAUGGCACUCUCCUACCCAGUGAGCAGGCGGGCGCCACAAACGCCCAGCUCCCAGGCGAAUUCCACCCGGUUUCAGAAGCUGAACUCUGCUGUACCGUGGAGCAAGCGGAAGAAAUCAUUGGGCUGGAAGCCACAGGUUUCACCUCAGGCAAUCAGCUAGAAGCAUUCAACUGCAUCCCAGUGGACAGUGCUGUGGCAGUGGAGUGUGAUGAACAAGUUCUGGGAGAAUUUGAAGAGUUCUCCCGAAGGAUCUAUGCACUGAAUGAAAAUGUAUCCAGCUUCCGCCGGCCGCGCAGGAGUUCUGAUAAAUGAAGUGAGCAGACCAAGGUACUCAAUAGGGCCAGGACAGAGUCGCUGCUUACAAUGAGAAUAAAGCUGCACUUACCCUUUUUAAUAAUUAUGGAACAAAAUGAAUAUUAAUGGAGGAUAUUCCUCAAAAAAACAAAUUUUGGAAAUUGAGGAAGGACUCAGGAUCAUUGUGUAUCAGUGGGCCAGACAAAGUUAGAUUUUGCUUUCAAUAUUUGCUUUUCAGGCUUGACGGUUGUUUUAAGGCAAAAGUCACUCUCUAGUUUGAAGAGCCUAUAGCUCAAGUCACCUUAUAGGUAUUUGUCUGCUUUUUAUUUACGCUUCUGUGUUAUCCUCAGAGGGAAGAUGAUAAUAUAUAUAGAUAAUAUAAUGACCUCACCUUUAGUCUCUGAUAAGCAUUUGCCCAGAGUUUAUAAAACUUUGGAAAACUGAAUAUUCAGAAAUAGGUCUCCACCAUUUACUGAAGGGUCUUUGGCCAUCCAUCUGGUUGAUGAAUAAGAAGCACAGUGGCCCUCCUUAUACCCAGUCCCAUCUUCCUGCCCUUACCCCCCAGCACCACAGUCAACUGUAGACCCCACUGUUGCCCUCAUCUUUACAGUCCUGAAAACAGGAUAUCAGAUUCACCGUUUGUUUUGUUUUUCUUUCAACCCAGUAGCCAUGACCUUCCCCCUCCUCUAAAUAGCCAUACCCUUGAUGUAGCCCUCAAAAAUUAGAUUAAAAACCUCACCUCUGAUGGAUCCCAGGGAACCUUCAGGACGCCAAGGUUACUGCAGUCAGAUAACAUCCAGUUCACUUUGGGGCCUGACGUUUUUAUGUGGGCAGAUGCUGUGGUCAAAAACCCAUCAUGCUUUCUGACAGUGCACUCACCAGACAAAAUCCCUAUUUGUAAAUCCCACAUUAAUUUAUUAAAUUUCUGUCCGAAGGAAGGCAUUGUAUAUGAUGAAAUAUAUGUAGAGAGUCAUAUUGUCCAAUGUGCAAACUGCAAGGCAGUUGAGAUAGUUGGAAUAGGAGACUAAAUGAGGCAUAGAAUACUAUUGGUAUGUGUGCAAUUGCAUAAAUAUUAAAUUAUGUUUUUGAAGUCUACUUGUCAUUCCUGGAGCUCAGAUUUCAUUUGCUGUUGCUUUAUAUUUUAUGUACCCAAGGACAUAAAGGACAUCGCCUCAGGGUUGCAAGCUCUUUAAGGAAAAUUUAUCCAUGUAUCCAUGUAUUAUAUAGAAGAAUAAAAUUUGAGUUUACUUCACCCGACCUGAUUUUUUUUUUCCAGAUUUGAACUUCCUCUUGAACCUACAUCUCCAUAUGCUGCAUCAUGACAGGACUAGCCUGAACAAAAGCCAUGCCUGUAUCUAAGCUAAUGUUGUUGACUUCAUUUGAGUUUACGUAUUGUGUAUAGCAACACAAACACCUCCACAGGUGUGCUCUCCAAUAGCUGCAUUUUUCCUACAUAACAACUUAACUCAUAAUCUCAUAAUCAUUUUCAUAUUCUGUCCAAGCAUUCUUAGGCUCAGCUUUAAUUUAUAGCUACAUUGUUGAAUGCAAUAGUUCAUAUUGUCUAUGUAAGGAGAACUCAGAAUUACUGCACAGCAGACAGACCCAGCCCUCAGGCAAUUGAAAGCUUUAACUUCAUCUGAAGAAGUCCAUCUCAUUCCAGAUAAAGAGCUGGGGUUACUCCAGACCUAGAGUAGAAGCCAUUUGUAAGGUUAUGGCCUCUUUGUGGGGUACCAUCAUUCUUUUUCAAGUCAAAGAGGGUGAACACAGUCUUGGAUAUACAUCAGACUGGGCUGCAGGGGUCCUCCAAUGAAGUAACAUCUACAAAAUGGGGAGGGGGAUUCAGAAGGGCUGUGUUAAUAUUGAAGAAUGGAAAGUGAAUUGCAUGUGGUUUGUGAUUUCCCCAGACAUGAGAGUGGACUUUUAAACUUCGUGUGAAACUCAGAGACAGGGUUCAUUGAAUUGUAGGCCCUCCAUCCUGGCUCCCACAUGCCAAGCAGGAGGAACAUGUACAGGGUCCUUGUGGUUACAGCGUUGAUCUCAGAUUCUGCACAACCAGAUGGAGCCUGGAGCUCUGGGCUUCCAUCCAUCAGUCUCUCCUUGGUCGACUCCCUGAUUCUGGGGUUCACAGCUUUUCACCUCGACAGCUUGGCACUCUGCCGUUGGAUGUGAUCAGAUUGCUGAGAACUGAUUAAUAGUUAUUUCCACAUUUGCUUGAUCCACACUGUGGCCAAUGAUGUGUGCGUCAAAACACUACUUAGGUUUGAGUUUGUUUAGUUUGGGUUUUGGCUUUUCAUCUGAGUUUGUUUGAUUCCUGCAGUUUCUGCCACGAUCUAUCUAGAACCUACAGGAUUUCGUGUCUCCAGAAAUAACUGUUCAUUUUCCAAAGCUGUGGGAUUAGUUUUGCCUGUGCUUAAAGUGGAAAAUGCAGGAUGAGUUAUUAUCUUCUGCUGAUCUUUUUAGUCUUGUAAGUCAUCAAAAACAAAAAAAAUUUUUUUUUUUUUUGCUUUGAAGAUAUAAAUUGAAAUGGAAACCCACACUGUAUCCAUUUCUGAACUGUUAAGAGCCCUUUCAGUUUUCGUGUAGCUGAGAUACUUACCAGCCAGCAAAUAUUAUCAAAUGAGUAUUUGAUUGUGUUUUCUCUUUCCAUUUCCCCUUACCCGCCUUAGAAAUUCCAGAGAUUUUUUUUUCCCUCAGAAUAUUAGUUUUGGAAGAUUGUAUCCAGCUAUAUUUUUAUAGCAGUCCUAAUGGUGCCCAUUUAUCCUGACCUAACCGGUUAUUUAAAUAAUUUUUUUAAACUACCACCAAUAAUAAAUGGCAUGUGAAACUGAUCUGUUGGUAAUUGGGAAAAAAACUCAGCAUCUGUAUUUAUAAAAUAAAAUUGAUUAGUAUUUAUUUUGAGAGUUAAAAGUGUAUGUUAUUUCCCUGCUAUGUUUGAGUCCUGUCUUCAUUGUUUUGAAUUUCAUAUUGAAGCCGAGUUAACUAUGAAAACCUCAUUCUUAAACAGUCAGCCAGCCAUUCAGCACAUAUUGAGCUCUCUCUGGGCCAGGAACUGGGGCGAACAAGGUUAAUACAAAGAUUAAUAAGCCAUGACCUCUGCCAUAUUCUCUAGUGGACAUACAGCUAUAUUAACAGUUAUAGUUUGGUGUGAUAAAUUCUAUGAUAGAGAGAUGUAUAGCCAUGCUAGGGGGCAAGAGAAAAUAGUUAGUAAUUCUGACCCAAAGAUCAGGAAGGUCCAUGGAGGUAGUACAGAUGAAAAGGAUGUAAGGAUUCACAUUACAGAGGGAGAGAACAUGGGCAAAGGCUGGGAGGCAAGGCAGAGCCUAGUGUGUGUUUGGAAAACAGCAAGGCAUUUGUUGUGCUUAGGGCCUGAAUGGAUAUGAAGAAAAGUGAGAGUAGGAAUUGAGUUGCAGGCUGAUGGGGAAGGACUUUAGGUGCCAGGUAAAGGGAUCUGGACUUACACAGUGAGUAACUGGUAGGUAGGUACACUUUCCAGGUUUUAAAGCAGGUUGGAUCUGAAUUCUGACUGCAGCCAGGUUGAGGCUGGCUUCUAAUGAUACUUGCUCAGUCUGUUUAAUCUGCUUUCAUUUUUUGUUUGAAAAAACUGUGUCUGAAAAAGAG